AAUCAGGUGGCGAAACGUAUCCCUCUGCUUUCUUUCUCCUCCGUCGUCGAUCUCGGAAUCUCUGAUUCCGGUAUUCUCCGUGAGCUGUCUGUCUCUCUCUCUGCUUUAAGUGCAACCAUGUCGACUAUUAUGCAGAAGAUCAAAGAAAUUGAAGUUAAGAUGGCUAGAACACAGAAGAACAAAGCCACGACGCAUCAUCUGGGUUUGUUAAAGAUCAUCUCAUGGACCUUCAGAGUAUUAGCUGGGCGCUAAAAGCUUUAAUGGAUAUGUUUACUAGUCAGACAUGAAACAUCGUUACAUACUCUAUAUGCUAAUUUGUUACUUUCCCCCGCAUCAGCAGCUUAUCUCUGAAUUACAUUUUGGCAGGCCAAACUUGCUAAGCUCUACGAAGGGACCUUCUUGCACCACCUACCUUGCCAAAGGUGGUGGUGGUGGAGAAGGUUUUGAUGUGACCAAAAGUGUGAGAUUCUAGAGUUGGACUUGUUGGGUUGGAAAAUCCACGCUCGUGAACAAGCUGACAGGAAGAUUUUCCGAGGUUGCUUCUUAUGAGUUCACAACAAUUGACCUGCAUUCCCGGAGUUAUUACAUACCGUGGAGCUAAAAUCCCAGUUUAUUAAAUCUUCCUGGUAUUAUUAAGGACGGAAAAAGGGUAGAGGAAGACAAGUUACAAGGACUUGCAACUGUAUCUUAAUAGUUCUUGAUACCAGUUUUAAAACUGAUUUGGAAGCUAUCGUCCUCAACUUCUUCUUUGUGGGCCAGGCCAGGUGGAUUAACUAUGUAUCUGAUGAAAAAAAACUUAUGAAAUGUCGACUCUCGAGACCAAACAGCAACGCUUUCGAAAGUGGCAAAACAACGUCUUUUUGGUUUUAAUAUUUGGACACCAUAUGGAAGGCUGAUUGAUAAUUACGGGAUUAUUAUCAAUGAUUAGUAGCCACAUGGUUAUUUAAAUACAGCCACGCCGUCUCCCUACUUAUCUUCAAUAGGUAUAAUAAUUCAGGUUGCACUGUCAAAUCUCAAACAUGUGAUGCGAUCCUUGUGAAGUGGAGAAUUCAUGUUCUCUAAAUGAAAUCGAAUAUUAAUUUUUUCUUUAAUUUAAAAAAAAAAUAACUUGGUGAAACAGUACUAGAGUUGACCAGGUGUAUAUAAAAUCCAGUUCCUUCUUCUCCAUCCACUACCCACUAUCAAGCUUGUUCCCUAAUUAAUGGCUUCUAUCAGCUUAUUCGAAGCAUCACUAUCUCUUUUUUGCUUUCUCAUCAUCUUCUGUUACUUUCUCAACAAAAAACGUUUUGGUUACCUUGUCAACAAAAGAUCCCCUUGGAACUGGCCUGUUCUUGGGAUGCUUCCAGCUUUGGUCUUGUGGUCACGUCGGAUCGACGUUCUCAUCCGCGUCUUAGAGAAGAGCAACUUAACGUUUUUAUUCAAGGGUCCGUGGUUCGCUAGAAUGGAUGCGUUAAUCACCGUUGAUCCAGCUAAUAUACAUCAUAUAUUGAGCUCAAAUUUCUCCAACUACAUCAAGGGACCGGAGUUCAAAGAGAUUGUAGAUGUCUUUGGAGACCCGCUUUUCACUGCCGACGGAGAUCUAUGGAAGAACAUAAAAAUGUCUUCUCAGGUCAUCCUCAGUCGUCAAGGUUUUCAAAACUUGUCAAUGAGUGUCACAACAAGUAAAAUCAAGGACGUGCUUCUUCCUAUUUUCAGUCGUUUUUCAAAGGAAGGGACGGUCGUGGACUUGCAGGACGUGUUCCGGAGAUUCAUGUUCGAUAUAUCCCUAGUUUUAGUAUCCGGUUCUGAUCCUCAGUCUCUCUCCAUUGAAAUGCCAGAGGUUGAGCUCGCAGAAGCCUUCGAGGAUGCUGGGGAAGCCAUUGUGUCUAGGCUUAUCAUACCAAGAUUCUUGUGGAAGUUGCAAAACCGGUUGGGACUGGGAAAGGAGAAGAAGCUGAUAGAAGCGGGCGCGACAUUUGAUAGAGUGUGCGCAAAAUACAUAGCUGCAAAGAGAGAAGAGAUAAGAUCACAAGGGAUUCAUCAUCAUGAUCAUGAUGGAGAAAGUGAAGAUUUUUUAACAUAUUACAUAAAGCUCGAUACAAGCAAAUACGAGCUCUUGGAUCCAAGCGAUGAUAAGUUUCUUAGAGACACCAUUUUGGCUAUCAUUAUGGCAAUAAGGGAUACCUCUUCCAGUGCUCUCACUUGGUUUUUUUGGCUCCUCUCAAAAAACCCUCACGUGGAAGCCAAGAUUCGCCAAGAGAUCAUCACAAACCUACCAAAAACUGCAACUAGUCAAGAGAGGCCAUGGUCCGCUACCGAUCGCAGAGAGUUUUUGAACAAGUUGGUUUAUCUACAUGGGGCCUUGUAUGAAACGAUGAGGCUCUAUCCACCACUUCCCUUCCAGCGCAAGACUUCUAUAGAAUCAGAUGUACUUCCAAGUGGGCACAUAGUCGAUGCUAAUUCUAACGUUAUCUUCCUUGUCUAUGCGUUAGGGAGGAUGAGAUCCGUAUGGGGAGAAGACGCGUUGGAAUUCAAGCCAGAGAGAUGGGUUUCAGAGACUGGUGAGUUGAGACACGAGCCUUCUUCCAAGUUCCUUGUGUUUAACACCGGUCCGAGAACUUGUUCCGGUAAGCAUUUAGCUAUGACUUCAAUGAAGACCAUAGUUGUGGAGAUAUUACAACACUAUGACAUUAAGCUCGUCAAAGGACAUAAGAUUAAGCCAAAGGCUCAUCUUAAUCUGCUCAUGAAACAUGGGCUUAGAGUCACACUUACUAAGAGAUGUUCAGCUUGAAAUGUCAAUUUUUUUAGUUUCUCCAAUAAUAAUCUACUAGGUAAUAACCCGCGCCUUGCGCGGAAUGUGAUUAUUAGUUUCGUUUUUUCUAAUAAAGAGACAUUAAUCUGUUUAAUCUUGAUA